AUGUUUGAGACAAGUGAUUGUGAAGAAGAUACGAACCAUGCGACUGUAAGAAUUGGAAGUCGUGCAGAUAUCUACAAGACACCAAAGCACAGAUUUGGAAAAUACUCCAUAAUUAAUAGGGCAUCAAAUGCCAAGCAAUAUACAAUACCUUUAUACGGAGCUCUGCCAAAAAUGAAAGAUAAAGGGGAAAAGGAGCAGAAGAUUCUAUAUGCCUGA